UCUUGCGUCUUCCGGAAGCGGAGCGCCGGACCCACAACGGCUGGGUGUGCAAAGCGGCGGUGGCGGGCGCGGCGGAAGCGAGGAGACCUGAAGGGGACCCGGGCCUGGCUCCCGCGCCGGGGUGGAGCAGCAUGGACGAAGCAGGCAGCUGUGCGAGCGGCGGAGGCUUCCGGCCGGGCGUGGACAGCCUGGACGAGCCGCCCAACAGCCGCAUCUUCCUGGUGAUCAGCAAGUACACGCCCGAGUCGGUGCUGAGGGAGCGCUUCUCGCCCUUCGGCGAGAUCCAGGACAUCUGGGUGGUGCGGGACAAGCACACCAAGGAGUCCAAGGGUAUCGCCUUCGUCAAGUUUGCCCGCAGCUCCCAGGCCUGCAGGGCCAUGGAGGAGAUGCACGGCCAGUGCCUCAGCCCCAACGACACCAAGCCCAUCAAGGUGCAGGUUUUCAUUGCUCAGUCCAGAUCAUCUGGAAGUCACCGUGAUGUUGAAGAUGAAGAACUUACGAGAAUAUUUGUUAUGAUACCAAAGUCCUACACAGAAGAAGAUCUGCGGGAAAAAUUUAAGGUGUAUGGAGAUAUCGAGUAUUGCAGCAUUAUUAAGAAUAAAGUAACUGGAGAAAGUAAAGGUUUGGGUUAUGUUCGAUACUUAAAACCAUCACAAGCUGCCCAAGCAAUAGAAAACUGUGAUCGAAGUUUUAGGGCAAUCUUGGCUGAACCUAAAAAUAAAGCAUCUGAAUCCUCGGAACAAGAGUAUUAUAGUAACAUGAGGCAGGAGACAUUGGGACAUGAACCUAGAGUAAAUAUGUUUCCAUUUGUUGGAGAACAACAAUCUGAGUUUUCAAGUUUCGACAAGAAUGAUAACAGAGGCCAAGAAGCUAUCUCCAAACGCCUGUCAGUUGUAUCAAGAGUUCCUUUCACUGAAGAGCAGCUUUUCAGUAUUUUUGAUAUAGUACCAGGAUUGGAAUACUGUGAAGUUCAACGAGAUCCCUAUUCUAAUUAUGGUCAUGGAGUGGUUCAGUAUUUCAAUGUAGCAUCAGCUAUUUAUGCAAAAUACAAGUUACAUGGGUUUCAGUACCCUCCUGGGAAUCGGAUAGGUGUUUCCUUCAUUGAUGAUGGGAGUAACGCAACAGAUCUUCUCAGAAAAAUGGCAACGCAGAUGGUAGCAGCACAGCUUGCAUCAAUGGUGUGGAAUAACCCAAGUCAGCAGCAAUUUCUGCAAUUUGGAGGAAAUUCUGGAUCACAGUUGCCUCAAAUCCAGACAGACGUUGUACUUCCAUCGUGCAAAAAAAAAGCCCCUCCUGAAACUCCUGUGAAAGAAAGACUUUUUAUCGUGUUUAAUCCUCAUCCUUUACCUUUAGAUGUAUUAGAGGAUAUAUUCUGUCGUUUUGGUAACCUGAUCGAAGUUUACCUCGUGUCAGGAAAAAACGUGGGGUAUGCCAAGUAUGCAGAUCGAAUAAGCGCCAAUGAUGCCAUUACUACUUUACAUGGAAAGAUCCUAAAUGGAGUCAGACUUAAAGUUAUGCUGGCGGAUUCCCCAAGAGAAGAAUCUAACAAACGACAAAGAACUUACUGAUUCUUGAGAAAUUCAGUACCUGCUUGCAUCGUCCUUCUGAAAACAGUAACUCAAGGACACAUGGAUCCUGGGAACUGAAGACUUGAGAAGCACAUUAUUCCUCUGGUUUUUAAGUUUUUCCAUGCAGCCUGGAAAAGGUGAGUACACACAUCCAUUUUGCAUAAAUAACAUUACCCUGAUACCAAAACUUAAAAGGCAGUUAAAAUGAAAGCUAUAUAUUCUUAGUUUGCCCAUGAAUAUGGAUGUAAACAAAUCUAAAUAAGGUAUUAGAAAGUGCAAAUAAUAUGUUCAAAGAACAAUUCACCAUGCCUAGUAGGGGGCUUAUCCUUUGAUGAAAGAGCAAUUCACAUGAAGAAAAAUUAUUACUAUAAUACUUAAUCUUCAUAGGACCAUAAUGAGAUCUGCAAGUUGAUUACUUACCCAUUCUUGUGAUUGUGCAAAUGCCAUGGACAGUUAGAUUAUAUUUGGUUUCCUUGAAACAGUCACUAGCUGGAGAAAUGGGAUUAGCCUGACAUCUGUAAGUGAAGCAAUGUCUAACUCUCCUCUCUAACUACAUGAUUGCUAUAUAAUGGAGACACAAAGUAUGGAUAGAUAUCAGGAGAGAACCAAAAUGUCUAAAACAGCUUCUUAGAAAAAUAGCUCAAUUUAUUGAGCCCUUACUAUUUGCCAGGCAUUAGGCUAAUUGCUUUACAUCUCAAAACCUAUGAAGUAUUGUUCUUGUUUUAUCAAAAGGAAGCUAAGGUGCUCUGAGAGAUGAAGUAAUUUGCCCAAGAUUACACAGCCAGCAAAGGGGGAAGCUGCGCUUUGGACACAGUCUUCACUGAAACCCAUAUUCUUAACCAGUACACUAAAUAUCAACAGCUGUAACAAAUAAUUCAGAAACUACCAUACGCACCAAUUGAAUGUUUACAACAACAGGUCCUUCCAGAACUAUGGGAUAGCAUGGGAAUAAUGCUUACUAUUUAGUGAAGGCAAACAGUAUACAAAAUUGCAUAUAGUGUGGUUUAUAAAUAUUUAAGUUAGAGUGAGUUUGAAAUGAAGCCAAUGUGUGUGUGCUUUUCACCAUUUUCCAUUUUUCCUUGGUGAACAUGUAUAAUUUUUAAAAAUCUAAAAAAUACACUAUCCCCUGCAAGACUGAAAGCUUUCUGUAAGUAAAGCCUGUUUAUUUUUGUAACCUGCAACCCAGCUAUGCACUUUACACAUAAUGGGCACAAAAUGGUUAUCUAUUUGGAUUACAACAUAAAGGGUCCUAUAUAUGUCUCUUACUACAGAGAUGCUGUAAACAAAUCUACAUUUUCUAUAAAUAUCCUAGUGAUUGUUCAGAUGCCAUUUUUUCAAAUUGAGACCCUACUUACUAGGCUGAUUCUUAAAGAUUCUAAUUUCAAUUUCAAUUUUAUGUUUCUGGUGUUUUUAUAAAUGUAUUAGUGGCUGAGUCACAGUCCACAUGCAAAUCUUGGUGAUAUUUUAAAAUAAUAGAUAACAUUUAUUGAACUCUUGCUAAGUCAAUACUGUCAUAGGCACUUUAAGACAUUUUCCCAUUUAGCAGCCCCAACAGUUCCAUGGAAUUAAAACUGUGAGACACAGAGACGUUAAAUGACUUCUGCCAGGACACAUAGCAAGUAAAUAAUGGAGCUGAUAGUCACACUCAGGAAGUAUGACUCCAUGUCUUCGCUUAAGUUCACACACUGUAAUUCAAGCGCUGUUCUUUGUUUAAGAAUGAAGUAUAAAAUAUUUGUCACAAAAAUAGAGCAUGUGAUGGACAGAGAAUUUUAUUUCAUUUUGUGGCCCCUUGAGAGAGUGGGGUGAUAGAAAAGGAGAGAAAAGUAUAAUUGAGAUGAGCGGAAGUGAAGAAAGCAAAAGAGAAGGACUACAGAUGGCAGAAAAAGGAAUGAUGACUCAGUGGCUUUGGGGUGAAAGCAUUGCUCCCUUUUUUACCUUGGUUGCACAAUCUUAGCAACUAUAUUGAGCACCUAUGUACUGAGUGCUCAAGGACACAGUGGUGAGAAGAAAAAAAAUAGCUUCCUUGCCCUUAUGUAUAUAGUCUAAUUCUUAUGUAGUUUGAAGAAAUAGUGUACUGUAGGGUCAGCUGCCACUUGGGUAGAGCAGGCUGGCUCCUCCCAAACCUCUUUCAAAGGAUUCACGCAAACAAAAGAAUUCCCUAUUACUUUCCCCCUUAAUUUGUACACACCUAAUUCUUUUCGUUUGUUUUACAGAUCUUUUUGUUCUGUUUUAUUUUUGAGGUAAAAAUUAUAGUGCAGUGUGCAAAUAAUAAUUAUAAAGUUCAAUAAAUUUGACAAAUGCAUAUGCUCUUAUAACUGUUGGAGACGGUUUCCGUAUGUCUUGUAAGCAGAGGCAAUGUCUCUCUUUUCAGGAAUGUUUUUAUAGUGAACAGUCUUGAAAGGUAAUGUCCCCUCUGGAGCAAAAGGCAGGUUUGUUUACUGUCCAGUAUGAUAAAGAUAAUGUCUUCUUCCAGAGCAAAGGGCAGGUACACUUACUGCUCUUUAUAAAAGAUUCAGGUUCCUGAAGGUUGAAGAUCUUCAGUUCUGACACAAGCUUACUGCAUACACAGCACCAAUCUGGGCCCCUUUGUUACCUGUUUAAGGUUUAGGGGAUAAGAGGAACCAAUGCAGACAUGAUGCUCAAACUGCUUAUUGUGCUGUGGAUAAUAAAGUUCUUUGUCUCUGA